UCCUGUUGAGCUAUUACAAUCAAAUGUUCUGAUGCCACCAAAAAGCCUUUCAAAUGGAUUGAAUUUAUAACACCAACUCUUUUCUCUUCACAAAAUCUUUUUCUUUUCAGAGAAAAUCCAUUUCCAUCAAACAGAAAAUGCUACCCGCCAACCCCACCAUUAUUUCAUACCCGAGGAAAUUUCCCAUUUGGCUUCUCCUCUCCUCUCCUCUCCUCUUUCUCCCUCUAUUUUCUCUCUCUUUCUAAUUAGUUUUCUUUCUUCCUUUCUCUUGUUUUGAUAGAGAACCAUCUCCAAACUUACACUCACCCUUUUCUUCAUAGGUUGGUGGGUUCUCUUAUUCUUUGUUUUUUAUGUGUAUAAAGCAAGAAUCAUGACGAGUUCUUCUUCUAAAGCUGGGAAUAAUAGUUAUGAUUACGCUUUCAAGAUUCUGUUGAUUGGAGAUUCUGGGGUUGGCAAGAGUACUAUACUUCUCAGUUUUAUCUCCAAUUCUGUUCAUGAUCUCUCUCCUACAGUUGGUGUCGAUUUCAAGAUCAAGAUGGUCAAUGUUGGUGGGAAAAGGUUAAAGCUUACAAUUUGGGACACAGCUGGGCAGGAAAGGUUUGGAACACUAAUAAGCUCUUAUUACAGGGGGGCACAUGGAAUUAUCCUUGUUUAUGAUGUGACUCGCCGAGAGACAUUCAAAAACUUGUCAGAUAUGUGGGCAAAGGAAGUGGAGCUCUACUCUACUAAUCAAGAUUGUAUCAAAAUUCUAGUUGGAAAUAAAAUUGAUAGGGAUGUUGAAAGAGCUGUAAGUAGAGAAGAGGGAAUGGCUCUUGCUGCAGAACAUAAAUGUGCAUUUCUUGAAUGUAGUGCUAAAACAAGAGAAAAUGUGGUGCAGUGUUUUAAAGAGCUAAUGUUAAAGGUACAUCGUCAACAAAGAAAUGUUUUUCUUAUGGUACUGGAAGUACCUAGUUUAUUGGAGGAGGGAUCCGUAGUCGUCAAACAGCAGGUUUUAAGUCAGAAACCAGGAUACCAUGCACCUCGUAGUCGUGGUUGCUGCUCCUAAUUAACGUGGCCGGACAAUAAGGUACAGCAAACAUAACUAUCAGCAAAAUCAAUGGAAGAUCUCUGAGCGUUAGUGCUAAUGCCUAUUGAACGGUGGUAGCCAGCCUUUUGGACACUGUUCUCAAACAAACAAUGUGUUUUGAUGUAUGUCUACUAUCAAGCUCGAUCGUGGUGGUAAUUUGAGCAAUUCUAGGAGGUGGGUUCUUAACAUCUUGUUCAUGUUUUUCCUCCUUGUUAAUAUCUGCGAUGCUGUUAAAUAUUCUCCAUAAGUUAAGAGUUUUUUUUUUUUUUUUUUUUUUUUUGUGUUUGUCGAGUUUUUGUUUAGUUUGCCAUUGACAUGUAAAGUUAAUAGUUGUUUAAUAUCAAAUGGUUUAUACAUUUUUUUUAUUAGAGGGAUUGGGAAGUGGGGAUUUAAAUCUGGGUCUAUUAGGCGAAUGAAAUGUAUUGAUCAAAUCAUGCUAGGCCAAAUGUUUAGCAGGAAAUGUAUACUUGUGGGAGACCAGAUGCACAAGAAAUUUUGCUAAAUAUGGGAAAUAAAUUUCCUUUCUUGCUAA